AUGCCUAAACUGAUUCUGCUGCGACACGGCCAGUCCGACUGGAACGAGAAGAACCUGUUCACCGGAUGGGUCGACGUCAAGCUCUCCGAGCUCGGCCACACCGAGGCCAAGCGAGCCGGUACUCUGCUCAAGGAGUCCGGUCUCAAGCCCCAGAUUCUCUACACCUCCGAGCUCUCUCGAGCCAUCCAGACCGCCAACAUUGCUCUGGAUGAGGCCGACCGACUGUGGAUCCCCACCAAGCGAUCGUGGCGACUCAACGAGCGACACUACGGCGCUCUGCAGGGCAAGGACAAGGCCGCCACUCUCGCCGAGUACGGCCCCGAGCAGUUCCAGCUCUGGCGACGAUCUUUUGACGUCCCUCCUCCCCCUAUCGCUGACGACGACAAGUGGUCUCAGUACAACGACGAGCGAUACCAGGACAUCCCCAAGGAUAUUCUGCCCAAGACCGAGUCUCUGAAGCUCGUGAUUGACCGACUCCUUCCUUACUACAACUCCGACAUUGUCCCCGACCUUAAGGCCGGCAAGACCGUCCUCAUUGCUGCCCACGGAAACUCCCUCCGAGCUCUCGUCAAGCACCUCGACGGUAUCUCCGAUGACGAUAUCGCCGCCCUUAACAUCCCCACCGGUAUCCCCCUGGUCUACGACCUUGAUGACAACCUCAAGCCUACCAAGGCCGCCGAGUACCUCGACCCCGAGGCCGCCGCUGCCGGUGCCGCUGCGGUUGCCAACCAGGGUAAGAAGUAA